CCAGAAAUAGAUAGGCCACUUGCCCUAGAUUUAUUUCACAGUGGCCAUAAACAGGACGCUCGCUGUAAAAUUUCUUUUUCCAGGCUUUAAUGGUAAAUCUAAGAGCUGGCAUUUAGAAACCUAGACAACUUACCCAGCUGUGAAUUGUCGAUUUUUGGAGGACGAAGAAAGGCUCGCGAUACUCUAGACUUGUGUGGGUAAAAUGGUCGCUUUUCUUCCGCAUUACGAGGCCAAGGGCUCCCAUACAUCGCUGAUCGACGACGUGACUGGAAAGGAACCCACAGGUGUCAAUCCCCUAUUAAAACUUCGGAAGCACGGGGAAAACGAUAAACCAUACGAUAAAACAGGCGGCGGUAACAGUGGACCACCCUCGACCUCGAAUAAAAUAUCAUCUACUACGUCCAGUUCUACAACUAAAUCUGCCUAUGGCGUUACAUAUCCGCAUUCAGCUACGUCUACACUUGUAUCUUCCCCUACAUCUACACCUGUGUCUGAUUCCACAGGGAGCACAUUACCUAAUGAUACAAGCCCAAGUCCACACAACACGCCAUUAAGCAGUGCAAACUUGAGUCCACAGGCCGCGUCAUUGGAAAGUGGAAGCCCGAGCCAGCAAAUUCCCACCUGGGCCAUUCCAGUAAUCGUCAUUGUCGGGCUAAUAGUACUCGUAUUCCUCGCGUCAUUAGCUAUAUUUGGCUCCAGAGAGCGGCGAAGGAAGAAUGAGAUAGGAGGCAAAGAUUCAAGCUACGCGCGUGCCCUAGGUCGGGCAGGGGCUGUGGCCACCGGUUUGUUCAUCCCGAUUUGGAUUGUCAAGCGGUGUCACAGGUCCCAGAAAAAAGAGAAUCAGGAACAGCAGGAGAUGUACGACUCGCAAAUCCCGGCGUAUGGGAAGCUUGAGCAGAAUCGACAGUCAGAAGAAAUCGUUGCGAGUACACCCCCCGUGCGUCCGGCAGAAACCGCGCUCUCACCGGCGACGCUAGAAAGGGGGACUUCGGUGGUUUCAUCACUAUCAUCGUCUACUCGGAGUCAAGGUCGAUAUGAGAGAUUGGAUAUGCCCCCCUCGCCGAUGUCGGAGGAUGGACUGUAUCCCUGGAAAUCGAAUGAUCCAUCAGAGACGGCGUCGGGAAACCUUGAGAAACGGGAGGACAGUACAGGGCCGGCGGAAAGGACUAGAGUGGAGACUCCGCUGGCUCGAAGAUCGGAUUCAAUGUCAGAAAAGAGGGUAACAGGAGGUUGAUAUAUUGGUGAUCAAUCAAAGAAAUGUCAUUCAGCGAAUUGAAUUAAAUUUUGUUCUUACUAGAAGGACGAUGAGUAUUCUCGGUAUAACUUCCGCUAUUAAAUCCAGAGGUCUAAGAUAUCAAAGGUUAUAAUGGUUCCAAUUUCUAAGACCCCUUAUUCCCCUUAAUAUAGUCUCAGGGGUAGGGAGACAAUCAUGGAUGGUUGUAUAAAAUAUAUGAGUUAUCCGUAUGUAUCGUUAGGAUGCUAG